GAUGUAGAAGUCAUACAAACCUCCUAAUACACCAUUUUCACUCACAGGAGCACUUCAGGAACAGUUCAUCUAAAACUAAAAGAUGGAUUCCAUGGUAAACCGGAGUUCCCUAUUGAACAAUGAUUCCACACCCAAACCCUCAAAUAAUGACGGCGUUGAAUACCCCAUGACCCUCCUGACUAUCGACUGUAUGGUUCUGGUUAUUGGCACCAUCAGCCUGAGCCUGAUGAUGCACAUUCUGAAGUCCAGCUCUACAUCCAUCACCUCCAUUGCCGUACUCAACCUCAUCUUUGCUCACUUCAUCUUUCUGGUCACCGUGCCCUUCAGGAUUUACUACUAUGUGACUCAGUACUGGAGCCUGGGGCUCGGGUGGUGUAAAGUGAUCAGCAGCAUGAUUCACAUCCACAUGUACAUGUCUUUUAUCUUCUAUGUCAUCAUCCUCAUCACUCGCAUCAUGACGUUCCACCAAAAAGCCCACCAUAUGGCCUCAUACCGCAUUCACGCACUCUUCGUCAGCGCGGUGGUGUGGAUCGUGGUGCUCGUCGUGGUUCCGUGCAUCAUCCGCUUUUCCUAUGGCAAAAAAUUGAAUGGCACCGUGGUAAAUGAGACAGCUUGCUUUAACUUUGGAAGACAUAUAGAGUCUCUUCCUGCCAAGGUGUUCAAUUACAUCAUAAGCACACUGAUUAUAGUGGUGGCCACUGUGCUGACGGUGCUCCAAGCCAAUGUGGUGAGGGUUCUGUACAGGAAGCAGCAUCAGGGAUGCACCAUUCAGCAAGAAUUUGGGACUCAGCUGAAGAGCCUGUGCUUUGCUCUAAUCAUGGUGGUCUGCUUCAUUCCCUACCAUGUGUUUCGACUCCACUACUUGCAAAACAUUACAAAGCUGCAGGGUGUCAAUGAGGUGUUUUUGAGUCUGACCACGUUUAACUGUCUGGACAUGCUCACUUUCUUGGGGAGGAGAACCUGCUUAAAGUGCUUCUCAUGAAUGCCCAUUUGAUUGUAAAGAGAUCAACAGAAAAUGUUAAGUUGAUCUCGUGCCCUUGAUGCAGACAAAAAAAAAGAUGUCACACACAGCCUCGAUAACUAAACCCACUGCUGCCGCUAACUUCCUGUGCACAUAAAAAAGAAAUCAAACAGUCCAUUAUUUAUAAUGCAUCCACAGUGAGGGCUGCAGAUGGAGCCGGAGCCAAUCCCAGCUGACAUUAGGCAAUAGGCGUUGUACACCCUGGGCAGGUCACCAGCCGAUCGCAUGACCAACACACAGACAUUCACACCUACAAUUCAUCUACAGUCUCCAAAUAACCUCACCCCACCCUGCAAGCAGGGAACCAGGAGAAAACCCACACAUACAUGAAAACCAGAACCAGAACCAAGGACUAACUGGCAAUGAGGUCACAGAGCUCAUCACUGCAGCACCAUGCUGCCUGUAAAAUGGUUUUAAUAACUGUGUUAGCCUCCUGUGUCCCGUAUCAUUGACAUCGGUGCUGGGAAACACAUUGGUGUGGGCGAGUGUGUGUUUAAGGAGGCGAGGUACCUUUUCCCUUUGUCACAUGAUUUCAUAUUAAAGGCAUGUAAGUGGAGAAGAUGUACAUACUCAUGCAUAAUGACAUGCCUAAUGUUUAUUUGUAUGUUUGACUGGAUUUUGCAUAAUUCACCCCCUCUUUUGUACACAGCCGAGAGAAGAAAAUAAAUGUCCAAAAUCA